AUGCCCGCUGCCAACGGAAAUAACGCCGGGAUCUUGAAGUCUGGGCAAGAUGUCCGUCUCUUGUCACGUUCUAACAACUGUGGAAAUACCUCGGGCCUCGCCCCCGGCUAUGUCCAGACUAAUUUGAUAGUCUUGCCAUCUCGUUAUGCUUCAGACUUUCGACUUCUUUGCGCAAGAAAUACAGUACCCUGCCCUCUAGUUGCAGAGUCAGCUGCUCCCGGCCAUUGGGGCAAGAUCAAGUCACACUUGCCAGGCAUCGAUGGCGAAACUCUGGCAAAGGGCCUGGAUAUCCGGCGCGAUGCACCUAAAUAUAACGUCUAUGUCGAUGGAAAACUUCGCAGACAAGAUUGUGAGGACAUUGUCACAGAGUGGACGGAUGAUCAUGUCGCCUUCCUCAUUGGAUGCUCUUUCAGCUUCGAGACUGCUUUGGCUGAUGCCGGGCUAACACCUCCUCACACGACCAGAGGCCGCAACGUGCCCAUGUAUCGCACUACUCUGCCGCUCUGUGCAGCUGGAGUGUUCCGAGAUAGCACAUAUGUUGUCUCUAUGCGAUCAUACCCGGCGUCUGAGGUCGAGAGAGUGCGAAGCAUCACCCGGCCUUUUGCCUCUACACACGGCGAGCCGGUGGCUUGGGGAUGGGAUGCCCUGGAGCGACUCGGCAUCCGGGAUAUUGAUUCACCACAAUGGGGGGAUGCGCCUCUCACGACAAUUGAUGCAAAACCACUCAGUAGCUUCGAGAACAAUGAGGCAGAAGUGCCUGUCUUCUGGGGCUGCGGUGUUACUCCACAAGAGGCUGUGAUGAGAGCCAACCUCGAAGGCGUGGUGAUGGCCCAUUCACCUGGGCACAUGAUUCUGUUGGAUACCCUAGAUGUUGAAACAGUCCGCAAGUUUUGA